GGGAGGAAGGGACGGAGGAACGAUGGCUCUGAAAGGAGUCUUCAAGGAACGACUUCUUCAGAUCGUUUCGGUGGCUACACAGGUGGCCAUAUCUCGGCGAGUGCAGAGGUACAAGCUCGCAUUGCGCGGGCGUCAAGACGCCGAAAACAGGCGAACAAGAUCGACCUCGGACCAGUCAACGCCAAUGAUAUGGGGAUGGAGUGUAGACGCAUCGUAGAACGCGUUUUCGUUUGAAGUUGGCGUCUUGUUUGAGAGUAGAUGUGACAGAUUUGCGUAGAAUAGGGUAAGAUGUUAUCAUGAACGGAGAAGAAAGGGCUUUUCCAACACGGAGAUGUAGCAUGGAUCAAAGCAUUUGUUGGAUUUCAGCUUUUACAAGAGGACAUGAACGCAGUAGUAUUUUAGCAAGCUUAUGAACGCAUAAAGGAUACAGCAGUUCCACCGGUUGUCCCCCGAUUUUGGGGCAGGGUAAUUAAACAAAGAGGGAGCCCAAACGAUUUGGGCGACAAACAAAUAUGCGUUGGAAAGCUCUAGCUAGCAGCGUUCGAAUAAGCCACUAAACAGCGGUUGGUUCCUUCUCAAUAACAAGCUAUGGGCCUAUUACCAUCGUCGCGGGGGACACUUCACCUUACAAAAUCCACGAUNGCGGGGUAAUUAAAAAAAGAGGGAGCCCAAACGAUUUGGGCGACAAACAAAUAUGCGUUGGAAAGCUCUAGCCAGCAGCGUUCGAAUAAGCCACUAAACAGCGGUUGGUUCCUUCUCAAUAACAAGUUAUGGGCCUAUUACCAUCGUUGCGGGGGACACUUCACCUUACAAAAUCCACGAUUUCUCGACAACCACGGCGAACCAACCGAAAAAAAUUGCAGAAUAAUGAAGGUCUCUUCCUGUUUUAUUUUGUUGAAUUGGUUCCGUUUCCGAACCUUUUUGGGCUCACCGCAAAAAAAAAUGCGCCGCCAAUUUUUCAAAAUGCUAAUCUGUCUUUGACUCUUUUCUCUGACGGAGAUGGACUCGUUGUGUUGUAUUUGGAAAAAUAAAAAAAUCGUCGCACAUCACACCAACGGCCGCGCUCACGCGCUGCACCAAAGACUUCGUGGUUCACGCCCGAUGUCUUUUCAGCUACGCCCUAAGCCGCUGGAGAGCAUCAGGGCAGGCUUGGCUCAACGCGGUGGUGAGCUUCUCAGUGUAAAGCAAGUCAAGGGUGCCAAACAGUAUCGGUUGGAGGUGACAACGGACCUGGGCGGAGUUACCACGCGUUGGCGCACCGACUGCAUCAAGUAUCCGAAGUCCAACAAGAAGGCCCGUGACUGGGCGGCCGAAGCGGCCCUCGCUGCUGUCUGGCGGCCAUCUCAUUGUGACCGCUAUGCCACACUCUCGAAAGACACGAGCAAAGUCGAACCGGCGCCUCCAAGAACCAAACGGCCACGAGACUGCUGUCAGCAAGAUCUUUCUUGCGGGCGCGACCACUGCCACACAUCACCUGCAAAGCGUGCUGCAACUGCAACUUGAGCCUAGACAUCGUUCAAAAUUUCUGCCGGAAGGUGGCCAACUUCCACGCGGUGUACGACGCAGGGCUUACGGACGCCGAGGCGGUAGAUGCGCAAGAGAAAUGCAAGUCGCACCGUAUGCCGGCUCCAUCCGAAUACAUUAACCCCAAGUAACGUAUGUAUGCUAAGAGUCGGUACGUUGUGUAUGUAUGGGGUUCGAAAGAAUGACCUCAAAUUUUGCUUCUGUCGGUGUCGGUUGUCCACGAAGUUUGUUGUCCGUUUUUUUUUCGACCGGCUGCGUUUCCCUCCCUGUCGAUACGAUCGGUAGUAUUGGGCAGGCGAUGUGCUGUAUGUAGAAUACUAGUAUUUUGGCAAUCGUAAAACGUAGUGCGAGGGAGUGUUAUCGAGUGUAAAUACAGGGUUUUCCCAACGAUGAAGCGAAAACAACGAAAUGUCAAGCGUUGAACG